GCCGAGAGGAGGACCGGCCCCGCCCCGCCCCACAGAGCGGCCCGGCCCCUUCUCCUGCGUGCUGUGGGAAGCGCGAAGUCGCUCGGGCGAAGGCUGAGAGGGGCUUGUGGGACGGCCAUGGCACCGCUGAGGGACUGCAAGGCCUGGCAGGACGCUGGACUUGGGCUGUCGACCACUAGCAACGAAGCCUGUAAGCUAUUUGAUGCUGCGCUAAGCCAGUAUGCAACGUGGCGCAACGAUGAGAAUCUAGGAGGUAUUGAAGGGUGUCUUUCCAAGUUAAAGGCUGCAGAUCCAAAUUUUGUCAUGGGACAUGUCAUUGCUAACGGAUUGGAGCUUAUUGGCACUGGAAGCUCAGUGCGGCUCAACAGAGAUCUGGGCAGUGCGCUGAAAACAAUGAUGACGCUGUCGAGAUCUCAGCCUCUGACGGAGCGGGAGAAGCUUCACGUAUUGGCCUUGGACAUGUUUGCCAGUGGACAGCUUCCAAAAGCUUGUGAUGUAUGGGAACAGAUUCUACAGAACCAUCCGACGGACUUGCUAGCCCUCAAAUUUUCCCAUGACACUUAUUUCUACUUAGGAUAUCAAAUACAAAUGCGAGAUUCUGUUGCUCGGGUUUUUCCUUUCUGGACACCUGACGUUCCUCUGAGCAGCUACGUGAAGGGCUUCUACUCUUUUGGACUCAUGGAAACAAACUUUUUUGAUCGUGCAGAGAAGCUUGCCCGUGAGGCUUUGGAUAUAGAGCGGACAGAUGCGUGGUCUGUUCAUACUGUAGCUCACGUAAAUGAAAUGAAAGCAGAGGUGGAGAAAGGGUUGGCGUUCAUGAAGGAAACAGAAGACAACUGGAAGGGCAGUGAUAUGCUUGCUUGCCACAAUUACUGGCACUGGGCUUUAUACUUUAUGGAAAAGGGGGAACAUGAGGCUGCUUUGACAAUUUAUGACAACCAUAUAGCUCCCCGGUUCCUGUCAAGCGGAAGCAUGCUGGAUUUAGUAGAUAGCUCUUCGAUGCUGUACAGGCUUCACCUGGAAGGCAGGAUAUCCCACUGUAAUUCUUUUUGA